UGCUGAAGCGCACUGUGACCGACAACAGUGGAGGCUGCGGCGCGGUGCAUUGUGGGAGCCGCUGAUUGGCGCAUUUCCGCUCCCAUUGUGCGCGAGAGACGGUAAAUAACACUGAAGCUCAACUCGAAACACUCGUAAAACACAACUUCCACUAAGGUGAUCGUGUGUCAGAAUGGCCCGUACUAAGCAGACCGCCCGUAAAUCCACCGGAGGAAAAGCUCCUCGUAAGCAGCUGGCGACUAAAGCGGCGCGUAAGAGUGCGCCCUCUACUGGAGGAGUCAAGAAGCCCCAUCGCUACAGGCCCGGUACCGUGGCUCUGCGUGAGAUCCGUCGUUACCAGAAAUCCACUGAGCUGCUGAUCCGGAAGCUUCCGUUCCAGCGUCUGGUGCGUGAGAUCGCACAGGACUUUAAAACUGACCUGCGCUUCCAGAGCGCCGCCAUCGGAGCCCUGCAGGAGGCCAGCGAGGCGUAUCUGGUGGGUCUGUUUGAGGACACUAACCUGUGCGCCAUCCACGCCAAGCGCGUCACCAUCAUGCCCAAAGACAUCCAGCUGGCGCGCCGCAUCCGUGGAGAACGCGCCUGAGCACCGCCUCUCUCUCCCUCUCUCUCUCUGUCUCUCUCUGUCUGUCUGUUUCUCUCUCUCUUGCUGUUUGUUGGUAGUUUUAGAGUUCAGUCGUGGUGGGGCGGGUGGGCGGUGACGUAUGUGGUGUCUCUCUGUUUUUUGGCAGCAGACUAUUAGGGUACUUCCUGUUUGCAUGUACCAGCCUGUGACCGAUCGGCCUCACACACACACACACACACACACACACACACACACACGUGUGCUCUCACUGUCUGUCCAUCGAUCAUGAGUGAAGGGUGAAUGAGGCGGUCAGGGCUGAUGUCUGCGUUCAGAGCUUUCCGUCUCUCAUGCAGGGUGCUAGAACAGCCCUGACCCGUCCCAGAAUUCCCUGCACCGUCCAUCACGAGCAUGCACGUGUGCGCGUGUGCGUGAGGCUGUCGAUCAGCACGGGGGUUUGUAUACGAGUCCGAGCAUCUCUCCAACAAAUGUUUAUUAUUGCAAUAUUAAGAAUUACUUUUAAUAAUUAUUGAUGUCUGUUUCUUUUUUUUAAUGCAUUCAUAUAAGCUUGUUUCAUAGAUCUAGAGCAUAUUUUUGAAGGUGGAGAUUCUUAUAAAGACAUUUUUACAUCACAAAUCAUGUUUAUUUUCUAAAGGAUGCGUUCGGUUCAGUCUCAAGCGUGCGACGGGAUGUUCAGCGUGAUUCUGAUUGGCUUCGGCGCUGAGAAUAAUAACACGUUUAUCCGCGGACGACCCGUUCGUUUUGGGUCUUUUGACAGGAAACUGGACUGACUGACUUAUUAAUUUGAACCGAAUCAGUAUAUAUAUUGGCUUGAUACUGUUUUUGAGUUUCGCCACGUGAAUUUCCUUCAUUAAAGAGCAGUUUUCUACUCUCAUCCAUUCAGCGUCACACGAUUCCUCAGGCAGACAUGGAAACCAUUAUAAUUUAAUCCUGCUUGAUUUGUGGGUGUUUUUGUUUCUCCUUUAUUCAGAGUUUGACUACAGAACAUUCAGGUGUUUAAAUAAACUGAUCUUUGUAAUUUGAAAUUUCUCUUAAUUGCGUAAUAAAUGGAUGUCACACA